AUGAAAUACGUCCCCUCACCACAAGCCCUGCGAUGGCUACAGUCGCUGGCACUGGCGCGGAGGAGCAGCCCCGGCCUCACCACGCUCACGCGUCCCCGAACAUACAGAUACCCCCCUUUCCUUUCCGCGAGCAGACACUUCCACGCCACGAGCCGAUUAGACCGGAUAGAGACGCACAGGUUGUCGGACAUUGGCGAGGGCGUCAAGGAGGUCCAGAUCAUCCAGUGGUUCGUCGAGGAGGGCGCACCCAUCGAGGAAUGGAGCCCGCUGUGUGAGGUGCAGAGCGACAAGGCCUCGGUCGAGAUCACGUCAAAGUACAGCGGCGUCAUCAAGAGGAUCCAUUUCCCCCAGGACGCUGUCGUGCAGGUCGGCGAUCCCAUGUUGGAUAUCGAGGUGGAAGGAGACGAAGAGGGACAAGAGGCUGAGGAGGAGUCGUCGGCGGCUGGUGCUGCUCAGAACGACGAUCCUAGCAAGGUCGUAAGCGGGGAACAAACAGCAGCUGCGGUAGCUGCAGAGGGUGGUGACAGCGCCGUUUCUCUCAAGGAACAAGGCACAUCGAGUUCUACUGCUGCUGCUGCACCACCCAAAGCGCCAGGCAAACAUGCCUCUCUGGCCACUCCUGCCGUCAGGGGACUGUUGAAGGAGCACGGCAUCGCCAUCGAAGACAUCACGGGUACGGGCAAGGACGGGCGUGUUCUGAAAGAGGACGUUCUACGAUAUCUCGAGCAGGGCUCUUCUGCUGUCCAGACCCCGGCUGUCGGUUCAGCACCAGCCGCCGCGGCGCUGUCCAAGCCCGCGAUAGACGCGAAGCAGACAGAAACGGCGCAGCGACUGACGCCCAUCCAAUCGGCCAUGUUCAAGAGCAUGACGGGGUCCCUGUCGAUCCCGCACUUCCUGUACUCGGACACGGUCGACAUCACGAACCUGGCGGCGAUGCGCACGCGACUGAACGCCACGCGGCGCAACCCAGAGACGACGCCGAAGUUCUCGUACCUGCCCUUCAUCGUCAAGGCCGUGUCGCUGGCCCUGAACCAGUACCCGCUGCUCAACGCGCGGCUGGACCUGGCCACGGACCCCAAGAAGCCGCAGCUGAUGAUGCGCGCGGUGCACAACGUCGGCAUCGCCAUGGACACGCCCAACGGCCUGAUCGUGCCCGUGGUCAAGGCCGUGAACGCGCGGUCCAUCACGUCCAUCGCGCAGGAGAUCCAGCGCCUGUCGCAGCUUGGCCAGGCCGGGAAGCUCGGCAACGACGACCUCACAGGCGGCACCAUCACGGUCAGCAACAUCGGCAACAUUGGUGGCGAGGUUGUCGGGCCUGUCAUCGUCGAGGGCCAGCUCGCCAUCGUCGGCGUCGGCAGGGUCAAGACCGUCCCCGUCUUCGCCGCCGACGGCGUCUCCGUCCGGCCCGCCCAGACGGUCAAUCUGAGCUGGAGCGCCGAUCACAGGGUCGUGGAUGGAGCCACCAUGGCGCGCAUGGCCCAGGUGGUGCAGAAAUACCUCGAGGAGCCGGCGACCAUGGUCGUCGACAUGAGCUAA